AUGAAGGCUAUGAAGUGGAAGAAGGAGAAAGGAUUGAUUAAUGCUUACAAGAAGAACUCACUAAAUUUAGAGCUGUUCAAAAAGGAGGCUGAAUCGUUCCGUUGCAACAUGGCCGACUCUAAUGCUUGGGAUAUGCUUGCUGAACGUUUUGAAAGAAAGAAAUCGACAUCACCUAGUUCACGAGCAGAUGAUCUUCUUAAACUGGAUGAUGCCGAGCUUCGUGCUCUUGGCUUAGACAAGGAGGAGAUUGCUGAAGAAGCUGAACGCCAUAGAAGUCAGAGAAGAAGCCGCAGCAAGUCGCCAGCUUUACAAUCCUUGAGGAAAGUUUCGAUGAAUGUAUUGCAGAGAAUUGGUGCUAUCGCAAGGAGGAAAGACAUGGCAAUACCUCUGUUAAGAACAGCUGAAAUCAUCGAAGUACCUUUGGAUGCAUUAUGCAAAAGGCCAAAAGAGUUUUUCCAAGAGCCAAAGCCAUUCUCAUUCCGAGACCUUGGCAAGGUUUUUGAGCCCUCUGCGGAAAGAAAACCGGAAAAAUGUGCUUACUUGUUUCGAGGAGCAUCGCUUGAAGAAGAACAUAGUGAGGGACAUCAGCUCACUCGCAUUCCGGAGUAUGAUCCGUAUUGUCCAGUCCAUGGAAGUCGUCGACGUUUCGCCAGACAUAAUGUGAUGACAAUGCAGCAUCUGAUGACAAGUGUAGAUCGCGACGAUCCCGAAGAAGUUUCCUACUUGUACAAUCAGGAUUUCCUAGCAAAAUUAAUCAGAAAGAAGAAACGUGCAAUGUUAAGUGGAAACGAAAAAAUCAAAGUGAACAAAGUUAUGCACAAAAUCAAGACAAACCUGCUAAUCAUCUCUGUAGCUUUCCUUUUCCUUUUCUCAGCUUUUAAUGGUCUAUCAAAUCUACAAACAACGGUGAACAACGAGCUUGGAGCGGACAGUUUAGCGGUGCUUUAUCUUUCUAUAGCAGUAUCUUCCUUAUUCGUACCUUCUUAUAUGAUAAAUCGAGUCGGAUGCAAGCUCACCUUGAUAACUGCAAUGGCCAUUUUUGUAUUCUACAUGGCCGUGAAUAUUCGUCCCAGAGGUAGGCUUGUGUUUGCUUUCAGCUAUGCUUCCCUUAUACCUGCUUCCAUACUUACUGGAAUGGCAGGAUCAAGCCUUUGGGGAGCAAAAUGUGUCUAUAUCACAGAAAUGGGCAUUCGUUAUGCUAAUCUCAAUUUUGAAAGUCAAAACACCGUGAUCGUGAGAUUCUUUGGUUAUUUUUUCAUGAUUGUCCACAGUGGACAAGUGUUUGGUAACUUGUUAUCAUCAUUUAUUAUGACCGCAGCAAUGAAAACGCCGAAGCCCCUGGAUGAAGUUUACAGAACUUGUGGCCAUGCCUUUCCCUUAAACCUUUCCGAUCUUACACCACUAGCAGCACAAAAUUUGGAACGACCUCAUCAACGAGUCUACUUAUCAGUAUGCCUCACAUACCUGGGGUGCACGAUCGUUGCCGUCAUGAUCGUAUCAAUGUUUCUCAAUGCUCUUCACAAAGACGUUGUCAACAGGAGCAAAGCCCCUCGCUUUGAUGCAGAUGUGCUGAAGCAAACAUUCGCAAACUUCAAGAAUCCAAAGAUACUAUUGUUGGUGCCAUUAACGGUCUUCAAUGGAGUGGAACAGGCAUUUGUGGCUGGUAUUUUUACCAAGGCCUUCGUUGCCUGUGGACUUGGAAUAUCCCAGAUCGGAUUUGUCUGUACAGCUUUCGGAGUGUCAGACGCAAUAUGUAGUCUGUUCUUUGGCCCACUGAUCAAACUUUUUGGACGAAUGCCUUUGUUUGUUUUUGGAGCUGUAAAUAACAUGCUUAUGAUUGUUACUCUAAUGAUCUGGCCAUUGAACCCAGCAGACAAAGCUAUUCUCUAUGUGUCUGGUAGCGUAUGGGGAAUGGCUGACGCGGUUUGGAACACGCAGAUUAACGGGUACUGGGUAGCUCUGGUUGGUCGGCAGUCUCUCCAUCUAGCAUUUACCAACUAUCGUUUCUGGGAAUCCAUAGGCCUGGCGUUAGGCUUUGCGAUGACCCGAUUAUUUUCAGUAGAGCUGAUUUUACUUUUUGCUUUUUGCCUUCUGAUACUUGGUAUGACCGGAUAUUGCGCCAUAGAACUCUAUGAUGAAUUGGCGGCUUACUGCAAAGGAUUUACUUCGCGACAUGUGAAGAAAAGAAGCGGAACAGUAUCAAUGGAGGCUUCUUUAUUGAGUCCUAAUCUUUUAUAA